AUGCACCCUAUUAUCCACCUCAUCAUCCCCUGCAUUCCCCCUCGUCUCCUCCUGAGCACAGUCCGUUUUGAUGCAUGGAUGCCGCUGCACCCCAUUCCCGCCAUAUUCGUGGGGCGCGGACUGGAGGAAGCCGCAGUUAAGACACUGGGGGAAGAAGCCGCUCCUAGCGCUCUAGCGGGAGAGGCAGCAGAUGCUGUUGCUCCGCUUCCCCAGACGAAAAUAGCCUUGGGAAUGGAUGUGCGGAGCCUGUUCACCCCAGAAAGCGUAGAAGCGCUGGAAAAAGCAGUGGCGGCAGAGGACAUAGCGUCCAUGAACCCCGUGCUGCUGCAGUGCCGCACCUCCAACCGCCCCUUCUACGCUUCCCCCCCCAUCCCCCUGCGCCAGCACCCCCUCUCCGCCCCGCAUCCCCUCAAGCUCGGGGGGUCGACCCUGCGAGCUGUGGACCCAUGCCACGUGCAGUACAUGUGCAAUAUGGGGAUCAGGGCGUCGUAUGUGCUUGCUAUUAUGGUGCCCACGCGCGGGGGGAACGCUCUAGGGCAGCCGGGGGGAGGAGCGGGGGGCGGGCAUGGGGGGGGGCAGUCGGGGGGAGGGCAGUUUGCGAGGAGUCAGUCCGGGGGGAGUCAGCAGGGGGGAGCGGGAGGGGAAGGGGGAGGGGGAGGGGCGGGAAGGUCGGAUCAGCAGCAGCAGGGGAAGCAGCAGGGCGGUGUGCCUCUUGCCCGCAGUACCAGUGCCUCCUCUGGCGCGGGCUUGGGGGGUGCAUCUGGGGGGGAUGCGGGGGGAGGGGGAGAUUCGUGGGAUAUGCGGUCGGACGAUGGGGGGAGCGUGUCAGGGGGAGGGGGCGGAGGCGGAGGGGGAGGGGGAGUGCGGCUGUGGGGGCUGGUGGUGUGUCAUCACAUGUCCCCCCGAGUGGUGCCCUUCCCCGUCCGCUCUGCAUGCGACUUUCUCAUGCAGGCAUUCGGCCUGCAGCUGUCAGUUGAACUCGAGAUCGCCGCCCAGCUGCACGAGAAGCAGAUUCUGCAGAUCCAAUCUCUCCUCUGCGAUACGCUCCUGACGGACAACCCCAUCCGCGCGCUCGUGUCCUCCGCGCCCAACAUCAUGGACCUCCUCCCCUGCGACGGCGCAGCAGUGCUCUUCCGCGGGGAGCUCUCCCGCCUCGGCGUCUGCCCCUCUGAGGACAUGAUUGGGGAGCUCGUGCGGUGGUUACAGAGGGAGCAUUCAGGGUCUAGUGGGCUCAGUACGGACAGCCUGAAGGCUGCUGGGUUCCCGUAUGCCGAUACGCUUGGAGUGGAUGUUUGCGGGAUGGUUGUCGUGUGCUUCUCGCCUGCUGACGAGCAGCAGCAGCAGCAGGAGCGGCAGCAGGAGAAGCAGCAGGGGCAGCAGCAGGGGAGGGAGGCGGCGUCGCCGGUUCCCCCGUCCCCAUCUGGCAGCACCGCUAGUGGCGGCGGUGGCAGCGGGUGGGGCGGUGCGAGCGGGAGCUUCAGCAGCGUGAGCGGCGUGACAGGGGACUACCUGUUCUGGUUCCGCUCGCACGUGGAGAAGUCCAUCAAGUGGAGCGGCGCGCGGCACGACGCGCGCGACGUGGACGAUGCGAGGAAGCGCCACCCCCGCGCGUCCUUCAAGGCGUUCCUGGAGGUGGUGCGGCACACGGCGCUGCCGUGGGCGGACGUGGAGGUGGACGCGGUGCAUAGCCUGCAGGAUUUACUGUGCAAGUCGGUGCGGAGGAAGGAAAGCAUGGGGCGACUGAUUUCCAUGGGCAAGCAGAAUACCAGCGAGCUGGCAGUGGCAGCGGACGAGCUGGUCCGUCUGAUCGAGACGGCGUCUGCGCCGAUCCUGGCCGUUGAUCUGGAGGGCAACAUCACGGGGUGGAACGGCAAGGUGGCGGCCGUCACAGGCCUCUCCUUCUCCGACGCCAUCGGCCAAUCGCUGCUCGACACCUGUCUUGACCCCUCGUGUGUGGACAAAACGAGGACCGCGUUUGAGCUCGCCCUGGCAGGGGAGGAGCAGCAGCAGCUGGAGCUGAAGCUGAAGCGGUGGGGUUCGGUUCCCAAGGGCAAGGGCCCUCCCACUCCCUACGCCAUCCUGCACGUGAACACGUUUGUGAGCCGGGACUCGGAGAAGAGCAUCGUGGGGGUGUGCUUCGUGGGGCAGGACGUGACGGAGGAGACAGCUGUCAGGACGCGAUUCGUGCGCAUUCAGGGCGACUUCACCACCAUCAUCAACACGCACAACUCCCUCAUGCCGCCCAUCUUUGCCACCAACGCAUCUGGCUUCUGCACCGAGUGGAACCCAGCCAUGGAGAGCAUUACCGGUCUCAAACGCUCCGAGGUGCUGGGCUGCAUGCUCCCGGGGAUCAUCUUUGGCCGCAUGUGCCAGCUGGCGGACGACGAUUCGCUCACGCGUCUGCUCAUCAUGCUGUCGCGGGCCAUGGCGGGGCAGGACGCUGGGGGGGAGGAGAAGACGCACUUUGCCUUCCGCAACGCCAAGGGUCGCAUGGUGGAGGUGUUGUUGACGGUGCAGCAGCGGCAGGGCGGAGACGGGCGGGCGGCAGGGGCGUUUGGAUUCCUCCACGUGGCAAGCCCUGAGCUCAUGCAGGCUCUGGCCGUGCAGCAGAAAGCAGAGGGGCUGAUAGAACGUCACUCGAAACAACUAGCCUACGUGAGGCAGGCCAUGGCAGGGGCAGUGCACGGCAUGGUGCAUGCACGCUCCCUGCUGCACCGCUCCCUCCUCGAAGCCGCCCCCCCUUCGCCCUCCGCUCACGCCGCCCCGUCCGCCGCCGCACCGGCCGGCAAGGUUUGGCAGUUUAUGGAGGCGAUGGCGCGGUGUGAUGCGCAGCUGAUGCGGCUGCUGCACACUCAGAUGGACCCUCUGGGCGGUGGGGAGGGCGGCGGCGGCGGGAGUGAUGCGGCUGUGUUCUCACACCCCAGCAUGCUACCAUUCACGCCCUCAGCGCCCUUCACCAUGGCCUCUCUCAUCAACACAGCCGUCUGCCAAGCCAUGCAGCACGCCAUUCGCCGCUCCAUCGACCUCACCUAUGACGCGCUGCCAGAUGUCGCGUCCACGCGCCUCGUGGGCAACCAGCUGCUGCUGCAGCAGGUGCUGGGCGGCAUCACUGUAGCGGCCGUCAAGUCCACCCCGUCGGCCGGCACCGUUUGUCUGCAGCUGGCGCCCAGCCCCAGCCGCAUGCUGGCCGUGGAGAUCGAGCUGCG